CAGCUGUUAGCGGCGCCGUGCAGGUUAUGUAAAAUAAAAAGUAAAAUUGUUAAGAUCAAUUAGAAAAGGCAAACAAAUUGAUAAAACUCCUGUGAAGAUAUAGUCAUGGUGUUCCUGAAUCUGCCACUUUUGGUCAGAGCCCGUGGUCCCGAUGAAUUCUGGCGAAAGAGGCGCAUCUUCAAACUGGCAGCGCAUUACAGGAGUCGCACCCGUAAUGUCUACUCUUUCGCCAUAAGGAGUGUCCACAGGGCAUUGGCCUACGCGACCAAAGGGCGAAAGCUAAAGAAACUGGACAUGGCUCAACUUUGGAGCACUCGCGUGGAGGCUGGUUGCCAGCAGUACGGUGUGGGUCUGGAAACCUUCAAGGAGGGCCUGGCUCGAUCCGAUAUUCUGCUUAACAAGAAAACCCUCUCCGAUCUGGCCAUCUGGGAGCCGCGUUCAUUCGAAGCUCUUGUGAGGAUCUCUAGAGAGCGGGCCGCCGUUGAAGGAUUGCCGGACAUCAAGCGGAGGUCGGCCUUCAACCAGGUUUACGGCCUGAGCAACCUGAAGUUGGAUUAAAUAGUCUUAAGUCUGAGUUUAAAUAUAGAUUUUUGUAUAUUUUAACGAA